AUGAAGUGGGUCGUCGAAUCGUCUCCGGCGGCUGUCACCCGGCGGAGCGGAAAAACGGCGACUUUGCGGCUCUCCGGCAGCUGUCACUCGACGGAGAGGGGCUGGAUGGAGGUGAGGCGCGUGUUAGGGAGCUUCAUCCUCAGGUCCGCGCAGCAAGAGGAGGCUCUUCAUCGCAUCUGGUACGCUCUCAGGAGGUGGCGACUGGUCUUCCGGCGGAUCGUCCUCUUCCCGACGACGGCUUGUUCGUCGAUCAAUCGGAGAUGAUUUACUCGAUGGAUUGCGAUCCUUUUAUCGCGAAUCGUUCAGAAAUUUUAGUAGCAAUGCUCCGCGAAUCGCGUUGACGAGAUUUUCGCCGAUGAUCCAGCGAUUCUGGUUGCUUAAUCCUUCACCGGCGAUCUGCAGGAAAGUCGUGAUAAUCAGUUAAAAAUAUAUGAAUUUUGACUUUGGGAGGAUUCGAACCCGCGGCGGUCGCCCGCCCCUGAACAAGGUGUGACGCGGGUUUAGUCCCACAUCGGUUGUGCGCGGAUUAUUUGGGCGAAUAUAUAGUAAAGUUAGCUUUCUAGGCAAAGUCCUCUCGCGUGUACGACCACUCCUUGCCCCACAGCCGGCUGACCACCGGUGACAUGGAAGGGGAGUGGUGCACACGUGCCCCUAUCGAUCCAAGCAAGCCGCUCGAGCCCCUGCUCGCGGCUACUCCCCGACUGCGCUUCCGACCCGCUUGCGGGCCCGGCUGGCCGGCGGGUCUCCCCAUUUUGCAAUAUUUUUAUUUUUAUUUCUUGUUCUUCGUUUAUCUCAAAACUAAGACUGUAAAAAUCGUAUAAAAUCACAUAAUUACCCAAAAAUUCACGUUAAUCAACUGAAAACCACUUUUCAUGCUUUAACACAAAUAUAAGUCUAUUUAUCAUGAGUUAAGGCUAAAACUAUAUUAUUUACUAAUUAUUAACUCAUGAUAAUGAAGACUUAUCAGUAGACGCCACCACACUACCCAUUUGUCGACAGUGCUAGGUGCCACUUAGGGUAUGAGCACUCUUGGAUGGUCUAUCUCGAGAUCAUAAGGACUUCCUUGUGGUCAACGGAUGUCUGUUCUUUAGGAAUAGAUUGUGCGUUCCAUGCACAUCCCUCUGUGACUUUCUCACUUGGGAAUGUCAUGCAAGAGGUCUAUCCAGCCAUUUUGGUUGCAAUAAGGCCAUUGCAGCAGUCGAGCACCAGUUCUACUGGCCGACCCUCAAGCACGAUGUAGGGAACAUUGUCACUUAGUGUCGAGUGUGCGCACUCGCCAAACAUGUAAAGAAGAAUACUGAACUCUACACACCACUUUUAGUGCCGACCCACCCAUGGGACGACAUCAGCAUGGACUUCAUUUUGAGACCCCUAUGCACUGCACGACGACAUGACUCGAUCAUGGUGGUCGUCGAUAGGUUUUCAAAGAUGACACAUUUUGUGUCAUGUUUGAAAACCUCCGACGCCUCCAAGGUUGCUAGCCUCUACUUUAGAGAGAUUGUGCACCUUCAUAGACUACCCAAGUCCAUAAUCUCAAACUAUGAUGUACGGUUUACUAGCCACUUCUGGAGGACUCUCUAGAGCUUACAUGGGACAAAGCUCAAGUUCUCCACUGCUUACCACUCACAAACUGAUGACUAGACCAAGGUCAUCAAUCGUAGCUUAGGAAAUCUACUUCGGUCAUUAGUCAGUGAGAGCUUGACCACUUGGGAUCUGAUCAUACCAUGCGCCGAGUUUAUCUAUAACUCCUCGACCAACCGUACCACUGGCAUGAGCCCCUUUGAGAUUGCACACGGCUUAGCACCCUACAAGCCCCUAGAUCUAGUACCCCUAGACCCUCAUGUUAGAGUUUUCGAGGAUGGUGUCACAUUCGCCCAACAUGUUAGUUAGUUGCAUCAGGACAUCUAUGAUAGGAUAUAGAGUCAGAAUAUAUUGUACAAGCAGGCUGCCGAUAUAUAUCAUUGACCUUGGAUCUUCUAGGUGGGAGACCAGGUUAUGGUGAGGAUGAGGCCCGAGUGUUAUGCUCCUAGCUCUGCUACAAAGCUUCACGCUCGUAGUGCUGGCCUAUUUCAUGUUCUUUCUCAGAUAGGCAAGAACGCCUAUGUCAUUGACAUCCCUCCUUCAUGAGGGAUUAGGUCCACAUUCAACAUGGUGAAUUUGGCGUUGCACCAAGCCCCACCUCUUUCAUCUGACGUCGAGCCCUCAUCUAUCGGCCCCUUCUCUGAGAGAGAGUUUGCCAUGGAGUCCACUCCCCCCAUUUUACCACUUGAUUGGCAUGAGCAAGUCGAGGAGAUUCUUUAAGAGGUAAUUGACUUUAUAAGGGACGAAGUUUCGCGAGGAUUACUAUUACGUUGGUAGGGUUGCUCGUUGGAGGACAAUGCUUGGAUUUUAGAGGCAGACUUGGAGCAACUACAACUAGACCUACUAGAGCUCCUGUCUUCCCCACUUGCCAACUUGUCAAAGUCGAGUUCUUUUGACCCUAGGAGGAUUGAUGGCAAGUGGGACCUAUCUCCAUCAGCUUAGGAGACACUAGCAAUCCAAGUUCAACCCGAUCGAUGCAUGAAGAUAAAGGAGCCUAGCUUUCACUACACGACCUAGUCCUUUGGGAUGACGACAUUUCACCUCUGCGAUGACGACGAGCUCGAGCUCACCUGUAUCUUUCUUUGUACUUUCACAUUGACUUGUUGGGCCUUACAUUUGUGUGUUAGUGGGCCCAAUUCUAUGUUUGUGUUGUUGUUUGUGUCUCACUUUCUUUAGGAUUUUGUUGGGUCUCUCUUUUGAGGCCCAAUUAAAAUCCUAAGGGGGGAGGACCUAUGUGUCUUUCCUUUGGGGCUUAUUUGAGUCUUCAUUUGAGGCCCACUUAAGCACCAUAAGAGGGCCCUCCUCUUUCUCCUUUUAGGGGAGCUUAUUGGGUCUCUCUUUAAGAAGCCCAAUAAACCCCUUUGUAGCCUUUUGUGACUAAUGGGCUUGAGGGCCUCAAGUGGGCCCACCUCCCCUUAGCCCACUUGUGGGCGCCAUAUAAGGGGAGGUAGGACCCCCCCUCAAGAGAGUGCCAUAUUUUUGAGAGAAAUUAUCAUUUUGUGAGUACCUUCUAUGUGAUCCAAGAUAGGGAGGGAAGGAGGAAGAGGAAAGCUGUUGAUACCUCCUUUGAGGACUUCUUUCCUCUGUGACAUUGCUGCUCGAGAAGUCCUGCUGCCACUUGAGACCACUGCCGCAGUCGGCCAUCUCAUUGCCACCUGGGAGCUCGCCGCCAUCACUAGAUGAAAUGGUCCCAAUUGCUGCUGCAGUUGCUGCCACCUCUACUGAAACCCCCUCAUGCUGUCGUGACAAAAGGGGCUUGCUUCUCCUUGCUACGAGCCGUCGUUGAGCACUUUGCCGGAGUCUCUCAACUCUUGGUUCAUCUGCCACCUCUUCCUCUAGAACUCCACCAUAAACUUGCCAGAGCCACUAACGUGACUUAGUCGUUGUAUAUUAAAUCACACAAAUAUAAAUUUAUAAAACUAGAAAAUAUGAAUUUUUAGAUAUUUAGAAGUAUUUCUAAAUAAAUAUAUCAAUUAUAAUUCAAUAAAAAUUCCAAAAAUAGCGAAAAUUUUCUAGGUCAAUCAGAGGGAUGUAAUAUAAUAUCUGGUAAUUAUUCAGAAUUUUUCUCAAUGAAUACGAUUUUCUAUGAAUUGUAUACUAGGAAAUAAAAAGGAAAUAUAUUUAAAAUUCAUGAAAAAGGGAAAUAAGGGCGCAGACGUCAGGAUGAUGUUAGCACCUAGCGAGCGCGAAUUGGGCAGAAACAAAGUUUCACCUGGUGAUUCUUACGUAAGCGAUUAUAGAUGAUUUAAUUGAUCAAAUUAAGAUAUGUAAAAGUCGGAAGAAUCGUAAUAGAACAAAGUAUAUUUUGGUAAAUUAAAAAUAUAAAAAUUAUCACUAAAUGAAGCGUAAAGUAAAUUGAAAGCAGGAAAAUAGAGUUCUGGAGUCACGACGGUGAUGCGUUGGUGAUGCACUAGAAUCCUAAGUGUUCGAGAGGAUUAUUGUACAGUGUCCACGGCCUCGAAGGCUCUCCUUGGACAAAGACGACGUGGGCAAUCUCUAGAUCUUCUUGCAAAGUCUAGAAAUCAAUGAAGUGGGUUGUCGAAUCGUCUCCAGUGGCUAUCACCCGGCAGAGUGGAAAAAUGGCGACUUUGCAGCUCUGCGGCGGCUAUCACCCGACGGAGAGGAGCUGGAUGGAGGUGGGGCACAUGUCAAGGAGCUUCAUUCUCAGGUCCGCACAGUAAAAGGAGGCUCUUCAUUGCAUCCAAUAUGCUCUCAAGAGGUGGCGACUUAUCUCCCAGCAGAUCGUCCUCUUCAUCGAUCAAUCGGAGAUGAUUUACUCAAUGGAUUCACAAUCCUUUUACUGUAAAUCGUUCAGCAAUUUUAGUAGCAAUGCUCCACGAAUCGCAUUGAUAAGAUUUUUGCUGAUGAUCCAGCAAUUCUCGUUGCUUAAUCUUUCACUGGUGAUAUGCAGGAAAGUCGUGAUAAUCAGAUAAAAAUAUAUGAAUUUUGACUCUAGGAGGAUUUGAACCCACGCUAGUCACCCACCUAUGAGGAAGGUGUGACGCAGGUUUAGUCACACAUCGAUUGUGCGCCGAUUUUUUGGGCAAAUAUAUAAUAAUGUUAGCUUUGUAAGCAAAGUCCCUUCUCUCAUGUGUACGACCACUCCUUGCCCUACAGCCGGCUGGCCACCAAUGAUGUGGAAGGGGAGUGGCACACACGUGCCCCUAUUGGUCCAAGCUAAGCCGCUCGAGCCCUUACUCGCGGCUACUCCCCAACUGCACUUCCGACCUACUUGCGGGCCCGGCUAGCUGGCGGGUCCCCUAUUUUGCAAUAUUUUUAUUUUUAUUUCUUAUUUUUCAUUUAUCUCAAAAGUAAGACUAUAAAAAUUGUAUAAAAUCACAUAAUUACCCAAAAAUUCACGUUAAUCAACUGAAAACCACAAAUCAUUCAUUAACACAAAUAUAAGUCUAUUUGUCAUGAGUUAAGGCUAAAACUAUAUUAUUUACUAAUUAUUAACUCAUGAUAAUGAAGACUUAUCAGCCACCCUCCGCCGCUUCGCCUAGUCGCUGGCCGUUUGUCGACAAACGCCUACCUACCACUAACAUCGAGAGAGACCCUGCAGCCAUGCUAAUGAGCCAAAACCAGUCCCAGCUCCUCGCAAGCCCCACUGGAGUUUCCUGACACUCCGCCGCCGUCGCGCUAUUUUUGGCGCCGCUCCUUGGUAUUGUCAGCCAAAUCGUCUCCACUUUGCUCUGUUUCCCGGCGCCACCAAAGAGGCCGAUCCUUUCGGCAAUGGUUGGGCUUUUGCCCCAACCACCGACACUCGGCCUUUCUGCCGAAGCACCGCUGACGUGACUCAGUCGUUGUAUGUUAAAUCACGCAAAUAUAAAAUUUAUAAAACUAGAAAACACGAAUUUUCGGAUAUUUAGAAGUAUUUCAAAAGAAAUAUAUCAAUUAUAAUUCAAUAAAAAUCCCAAAAAUAGUGGUAAUUUUCCAGGUCGAUCACAGGGAUGUAAUAUAAUAUCUGGUAAUUAUUCAGAAUUUUUCUCAAUGAAUACGAUUUUCUUACGAAUUUUAUACUAGGAAAUAAAAAAGGAAAUAUAUUUAAAAUUCACAAAAAAAAAGGAAAUAAGGGUGCGGGCGUCAGGAUGACGUCAGCGCCCGGCGAACGCGAAUCAGGCAGAAACAGAGUUCCGCCCGGCGAUUCUUACGUAAGCGAUUACAGAUGACUUAAUUAAUCAAAUUAAUAUCUGUAAGAGCCGGAAGAAUCUUAAUUUAACGAAGUAAGUUUGGUAAAUUAAAAUCACAAAAAGUAUCACUAAAUAAAGCAUAAAUUAAAUUGAAAGCAGGAAAAUAGAGUUCCGGCGUCGCGACGGCGAUGCGUCGGCGAUGCACCGGAAUCUUGAGCGUUCGGGAGGAUCGUCGUGCAGUGUCCACGGCCUCGAAGGCUCUCCUUGGACAAAGACGAUGUGGGCAAUCUCUAGAUCUUCUCGCGAAGUCUAGAGAUCAAUGAAGUGGGUCGUCGAAUCGUCUCCGGCAGCUGUCACCCGGCGGAGCGGAAAAACGGCGACUUUGCGGCUCUCUGGCGGCUGUCACCCGUCGGAGAGGAGCUGGAUGGAGGUGGGGCGCGUGUUAGGGAGCUUCAUCCUCAGGUCCGCGCAGCAAGAGGAGGCUCUUCAUCGCAUCUUGUACGCUCUCAGGAGGUGGCGACUGGUCUCCCGGCGGAUCGUCCUCUUCCCGACGACGGCUUUUUCGUCGAUCAAUCGGAGAUGAUUUACUCGAUGGAUUCGCGAUCCUUUUAACGCGAAUCGUUCAGCAAUUUUAGUAGCAAUGCUCUGCGAAUCGCGUUGACGAGAUUUUCGCCGAUGAUCCAGCGAUUCUCGUUGCUUAAUCCUUCACCGGCGAUCUGCAGGAAAGUCGCGAUAAUCAAAUAAAAAUAUAUGAAUUUUGACUCUAGGAGGAUUUGAACCCGUGCCGGUCGCCCCCGCCUCUUUUGAGGAAGGUGUGGGUUUAGUCCCACAUCGGUUGUACGCCGAGUUUUCGGGCGAAUAUAUAGUAAUGUUAGCUUUGUGAGCAAAGUCCCUUCUCUCGCGUGUACGACCACUCCUUGCCCCACAGCUGGCUGGCCACCGGUGACGUGGGAGGGGAGUGGCGUACGCGUGCCUGUCGGGUCCCUAAGCCAAGCCGCUCGAGUCCCUGCUCGCGGCUUACUCCCUGACUGUGCUUCCGACCCGCUUGAGGGCUUGGCUGGCCGGCGGGUCCCCCCAUUUUUGCAAUAUUUUAUUUUUAUUUCUUGUUCUUCAUUUAUCUCAAAAGUAAGACUGUAAAAAUCGUAUAAAAUCACAUAAUUACCCAAAAAUUCACGUUAAUCAAUUGAAAACCAAAAAUCAUUCUUUAACACAAAUAUAAGUCUAUUUAUCAUGAGUUAAGGCUAAAACUAUAUUAUUUACUAAUUAUUAACUCAUGA